UGCCUCCCCCUCCCUUUGUGCCCUGCUCUCACCCGGCGCUUCUGUUGCCAGCAUCCUUGCACUGAGCAUGUGCGCUGCAUCCCUCCCCUCUCCUCCUCGGGUACCAGAGAGAUGCAGUGAGCUCAGCAGCGCCUUCCAGUCCAGCCUAGGCAAGGGCUGAGCCGGAGCCCUGCUUCCCCCGCGAGGAUGGAGUGAGCUGGGAAGCCCCACGUCGAGGCAGUCCGGGCAGCCAUGCACUCGGGCAUGGAGUUGAAGAGAUCCAUCUCUGCCAGCAUGGAGGCAGAGAAGCCAAUGAGACGCUACGGGGCAGUGGAGGAGACCGAGUGGAAAGCGGAGGGGCUGGGGAGAAAUCAACUUGACAUCAUUUCUAUGGCUGAAACAACAAUGAUGCCUGAGGAAAUCGAACUGGAGAUGGCAAAGAUCCAGAGGCUUCGGGAAGUCUUAGUCAGAAGAGAAUCAGAACUCAGGUUUAUGAUGGAUGACAUCCAGCUGUGCAAGGACAUCAUGAACCUUAAAAAAGAGCUGCAAAACUUAGUAGCCAUCCCAGAAAAAGAAAAAACAACAACACAAAAAAAAAGAGAGGAUGAGUUGAUUCAGAAGAUCCAUAAAUUGGUGCAAAAAAGAGAUUUUCUUGUAGAUGAUGCAGAAGUGGAGAGAUUAAGAGAACAAGAGGAAGACAAGGAGAUGGCUGAAUUCCUUCGAAUCAAGUUAAAGCCUUUAGACAAAGUAACACAACCUCCAGUCAGUAAGUUUCUAACUGUUCAAAAAGAGGUGCCCCAGCAGAAAAGAAGGCAGAACCUCCUCCAAGCAAGCCCACUGUUGCCAAAGCAGGCUUAGCUAUCAUUAAAGAUUGCUGCGGGGCCACACAAUGCAGCAUCAUGUAGCAAUGGGCCCUUUGUCAAGUCUAUCCAUUUUCUUUUCAAACCUUUUCAUCGGAUAAAAGUAUAGGGUGAAAGGAUUUAAAAGCAUCCCAACAGUCAAAUCAACAGCUACUGUAACAUUACAGUAAUGUACUGAAUGUGUACCAAUAGUGAACCCUUCACUGUUGCAUGGAUCACUCAAUGCGCAUGCCUAAAACAAAGAAAUAUAUAUAUAGCAGCUGUCCAAUGAUCAGAAAAGAUUUGUAAGAAUACAAGAAAAAAAUACAAUCCUGUGACAAAUGUGAAUUAGAAAAGGGCAUGUUUUACCAAGUAAUGUGUAAAGUAGCAAUUUAAAAAAAUUCCUCACUUUGUAGGAUUUGUUAUAUACUUUUUCCCCUUGGUAAACUGAAUUUGAACACUUGCCAAGGUCUGAGUAUAAAAUAGCCCAUCAUGGCUCCUUUUCAAAAUGAAACCUCCAAGUGGUGAUAUUGUAUAUAGUGCAACCAAUAGAUAAAGCGAAUUUAAUAUAACUGAUGUUGCAUACAAAAUAUUAUUGAUCUAGUGUAACAUUCACCUACUUUGCUGUGGAGUUUCAUUUCCAAUUCUUCAUAAAGAAUGGAUAACAAAGACCAAGGAUGCUGUCCCCAGACUUGAUUUAUUGUGACAUUUAAGUGACAUUGUGGUCAAACAUCCAACAUCAAUUCUGAACAACCCCGUUCAGAUGGAUAUUGACUGUCCAUUUGUAAACUGGUCUCUGCUAAACCUGUAGCAGAUGUAGUUAGUGCUGGGUGUAAAUUCAAACACUACAUCAUUUGUGUCCACCUUGCACACAGUCAGCAAGGUAAUAACCCGGAGAGUUCAGUCAGCUAUUUAAAACAGCAUCUAAAAGCACUACUAGACUAUGCAUCAUGGUUUAAAUAGGUUGCUGACCAGAAGGGUAGAAAAACAUGAAGGCAGCAUGAUCAUUUAAGAUAUGAAUCAGGGUGCUAAAAACAGCUAUUUGUUUAGAUACUUAAUGACUAUGGGAAACACUUGCUGCCACAUAUUAGAGAAAGACAAUAAACACCCCAAUUAUGACUUUGAGUUCACAACUAAAAAAUACAAAGAUGAAAUUGUUGAUACCAAGAAGGUUGCAAUAUAUAAGUAGUGAUAUGUUUUCAGACUAAAGGAAACACAGAUAGACCUAAUAUACCUGUGUUUCACUUUUUAACUGCAUUUUCAAUCAGUAUGCAGACUACAACAUGUAAAAUCUAGUUGUUCUUUUGAUAACAGUAAGAUGGUAUUGUCUCUGUAACUUGUACACCAUAUGUAUAGGCGUGUGUUGUGAUGGAUGUAAGUAAUUAAAUAAAUGCAGACAAUCUAAUGUGAAAGCAGCAGGCUUAAAAGGAAUAAUAAUGAUAAACAGGUGGUAAAAUGUUCCUAAAAGAACAUUUGGACCAGUCUGACCAGAAAAGAAAUUAAAUCACAAGAUCGCCACAGCUAGAGGGAGAGAUGGCUUAAUCAAGUGAGGAUUUCUGAGAAUGUUUCAAGUUGAUGGUAGACUGCUGUUCCUAAUCAUGAUGGGAGAGACUGCUGGGAAUCCAGCAUUUAAAGAAGUCGUGUUGCCAGAUCUUUUUGAGGGGUGGGGAGAAAUCAGCAGUGUGUUUCCAGUGAGGAAGCAAUGCUGGCUGAAGAAUUGUAUUAACAAGGAAUCCUCGUAGGAUUCAGCUUUUAUGGCUGGAGUUUAGGUACAUCUCUGCAGAACAGUGGCAGUAAAAUCCUAAAGAACAAGCACAGCAAAGACAUCAGUUGGUGUCUCGAGGAAAUCGAACUAACAUUACAGAAUUGAAACUGAUCUUUUUACUUUCAGAAUGUAAAGAUCAGCUUUGCUGAAAGAAACGGUUAUCAGUGAAGUCUUGGGGGGGGGUUAGGGGGAGGGGGAGGGAUCUUUUUCCAUUGGAUAACUAAUACAUAAAAGUUGAACAGCUUUGACCAAAAUAAAUCAGUGGUUCCUUUGGAAGCAGAAUCAAGGAUCCUCCUGGCUACAGGUCUUGUAAUGAAUGACUAGACUGUGCAGAAUCAGAUUUUUAGUGGUGUUCAAUGUUAAUGCUCCCUUUGUUAAAUUCAUAAGGGUUUUUUUUACAUUUGGCUUCAAUGUGAACAGUGAGUACUGAAUGUUUUGUAAAUCUCACACAUUGUCUCUGAAAACUGGACUUAGUGCAUGUUUCAAAGUGCUACAACAUGUUAGAUCAGGGGUGUGCAAAAUGCGGCCCAGGGGCCGGAUGUGGUCUGCCAGGCCAUUCUAUCUGGCAAGUGGGGCCCCUAAAAAAUUUAGAAAACUAAUAUCAAUCUGUCCUGGGCUGCCUGUUAUGCAGUCCUUGAUGGCUUGCUGAAACUCAGUAAGCGGCCCUCUGCCCAAAAUAAUUGUCCACCCCCGUGUUAGAUCGUAGACCUAGCUGCCCCUGCUAAAGUCGAUAAGAAGAGUCUUAAGCCUGAAACUUUGAACAGAGUAUGUUAAAAGCAUACUACACACGACCAUUUUAAGGUAUUUAUCUGAGAGUUAACAAAACUUGUGAUUUGAUGGUGUCUUUGUUUAGGGAAGGGGCUUGGGAAAGACAUCUUAGAAGGCUGAAUUUAGUGGAUGGGCUGUUGGGAUGUUUAGGGUGACAUGGAAAAUCUGGUCUACUCAGGUGUGUCAGGUUGCGCAGCCACCUUUACGUUCGGAAUUCUUGGCUAAACAAUUUCCUUAGCGUCAGAAAAAUGCACAAAAUUCAAGAUAGGAAAGAUAUUUUAGAAUAUCAAGUUCAUCACCAAGGGAAGACUACUCCAUGCCAGUGCACGUGAUUAUAUUUUUGCAUAGGAUUUCACAGUCCCAAGAGAAAAAUGAAAAUGAUAAAAUUACUAUUUGCACUGAACAGUCUCAUUCUGCUAUCACAUGGUUCCUAUUACAUCUUUUACUGGUUUACUGAAACUCUAUGGCAAAGAAGAGUUAAAUGUGUUUCCAAGUAAAGUAAGAUGUAGUGUUAUAUGAAACAUUUGUUAUUUUUCUUUAAGCUACUGAGAACUAUGAGGUGGUUGUGGACUAGAGUAGGAUAUGUAUGUCUUAUGCAUAAUUUUCUUUCAGAAGAUGUAGAUUAGCAUUCUGAAAAGAAAGAACUAUUCUAUAAAUUAAUAAUGUUUAUGAAAAAAUGAAGGGCUUAAUUUCAAUUAAAAAUGCACAAUUUCUUCCAUGGAUUACACUCCAUAGAAAUGGAACUCAGUAAAAAUGGCUGAUUCCAUAACUUUUUCCCUUGGUUAGAUGCUGUGGAAAAAUAACUUACUACCUCCCAGAAAGAUCAAGAGUUCUCAGCCUUGUGUUUAACCAGAAUCAUUUGUGCACUGAGGUGGAAAAGGAGGCCAUGGGAGAUAAAGCCCUUAAUUCAGGAGUGUCAUGUCAAGAACACUUUAUUUUUAUAUAAAACCUGAUGUCAGGGCCAUCUGGUACAGACUAACUGAAAAAUGUUGGUUCUCUGAAAUACUUUCCUGAGUCAGGAAUUAAAGGCAAACUUUAGCUAAGAAGGUUUAACAGCAACUAGGGGAGUAGUUAGCCCAUUACAGAAUGAAAUGCCCUCUAUGUGGACUGGUUUUCCCAUUAGGGUGCUAUGCUAUGCACUUGCCUGAUGCACAGUUCUCUGUGGGCUUUGGAUCCACUUGUGGUGGUGGUAAAAUGAGAUAUCUUGCCAAAUGACUGAUCAAUGCUGGGGAGAGUAGUACAAUUAAGGGACACAUCAAGGGAUUUCUUUUCAGUAUCAUUACUUCCAUUAUUUGUUCUGCUGCAGGAAUUGCAACAACAUUGUAUGUUCAACUGAAUUAAGAGUUUAUUUUACUCCUACAUUUGGAGAAAUAGCUCUUCAGAGUAACCCAGAAAACACGAACAAUAUGUAAUUUUAUUUUCAGGGAUUAAUUCAACUCAAUUUAACUAAAGCUGUAUUAAAAGGAGUUGCCGAGAACAUCAAUUUUUAAUAAAAAAAUCAAUGAAACUCUUUCCACACAACUUCUGAGUGGACUGACAAUUUCCAGCCUAUUAAACCAGUGAUACAGAGAACAGAUUAUACUAUCAAAAUAGGCUCUCAUAGGUUCAGUUUUUGCUGAGAACAAGGCAUUUGUGACCUUGUAGUUACUGUUCACUGACACCGGCGUUAACUCCUUCAUAGACAACAUGCCUCAUCAGAGGGAAUUAAUUUUUUAUGCACACAGGCUCAGAGGCCACCAGAGUCCUUCCUACUAUAUCCUGAACAGCAGUGCAUGGAGAAGAGGAGAGUUAUGGAACGGCUGUGUCUUUUUGUUGUAAAUAAGAGUCCUACAUGUUUUAUUUCAUUGGUGGUCCUGAUUGUCCAGCUUUGUUCAUAUUUCCACAUAGGCUUAAAAGCCUAUCUUCAAUCACACCUAAAUGGACAAAGACAAUUAAACUGUUUUUUUCCCCCUUCUGACUAGUUUUCCCAGUGUGUUGGCCUGCUUGACCUUCAGCUGUACUGCUGGCAGCCACAAAAUGUUUAAAUUGACUGAUAUGAAUAAAAGGCCUAACAAGUGAGGUACUUGGUCAGUUGACAUUUUAACUUGACAGUGUUCUUCCUCUCAGCCAACUUGCCCGUUCAUUUUGUACACACUGGAGCUUUAUGCCGCAACUCUGAAGCUCCCUUUUGAGUGGCCUUCAGUGGGCGUUUCACAUACAGAACAGCUAAGGAAUGACUCACAGGAAGGUCGGUCCCCUGGGGAAAAGCUGUUUUCAGGCUCUUCAUCCUUUAUUCUUUAUAGAGCAAGAUGGAGUUCUAACUCCAAAUCCAAGUACUUCUUAGACCUGGAGCAGUCCUGAUCUAUAUCCGCACGUCACAGCUGGCUCAACAUCUCCCUUUGGCCAAACGUUUGGAAUGACAGCUCCUAGAAUUUAAAGAAAGCAGCUCGAGACUUAACUUGUGUUUCGGCCUUCCCUUGAUUUGAAUCUGAUUUGAAUUAGUCUAGCUAUCAGAGAAGCUUUGAUCUGGAUUCCAACUUUGACGCUCAGAUCCAACCCCAAAAUGCGGUUGAUUAGACCAUGCUUAUUUAUCACGAGUAAGAAACAUAUGUAACCUCUAAAAAUGUCACCAACAGGAAUUUUUUUCUUAUUAUAUUUUUCUUAUAUUUUUUGUUAGAAAAAGACAGAGAUAUGGAUGCCUGAGGACUGGGGAGUUUUAAUAGUCAAGUCAUGUAUAUUUCUAAGUUGGGCGGCACUGUUCUUAUUAUUCUUGCUGCAAAAAAAAGAGCCCACACUCCCACUAAAGUAAUAAAAAUAAACUAACUGGACACUUUACAUUCCCCUGUAAAGACUAUUCAGAGAAGUGCGAACAAAUCAAAUCGUUCUAUGUACUGUUAUUCACCUACUGUAAUAUAUGUGUGUGUCACUCUCUCUCUCUCUCUCUCAUAUAUAUAUUACAGCUGAAAUUUUUCUGGUGCUCCUGCAUAUGAAAUAAAUAUUUGUUUGUGCUUGCAAGUCAGCUCUACCUUUGUAUGACAACAGAAAUGUUACUAUAAAAACACUUAUGACCACAA